CCUUCGUCGAUAGGGGGCCAGUGUAUUUCCGGUUGUGUUCGCUGGGGACGUAGAAGAUUGUGAAUCAUGACCCGUCACGCAAGAAACUGUACAGCAGGAACUGUGUACACCUACCAUGAGAGGAAGAAGGACACAUCCUCAUCUGGCUAUGGGAGCAAGGAGGUGCGACUCGGGAAGGAUUCUGUGAAGGAAUUUGACUGCUGCUGUUUGACAUUACAACCUUGUAAGAAUCCAGUCAUAACGUCAGAUGGGUACCUGUAUGACAAGGAGGCCAUCUUGGAAUACAUCAUCCACCAAAAGAGAGAGAUCGCUAGAAAACUGAAGGAAUUUGAAAAACAGAAGACAAAGCUUGAGACGGAGAAGGCAGAGUUGUCCAAGGCUGCAGUGGAAGCAAAGAAGACGGCCUUCGUCCAGAGAGAGACCAACCCUGUUGCUGACAACAUGGAACAGAAGAAGCUUGCAGUAGAAAAGGAUGUUCCAAACAGUUUGUCUAACAUGGAGACGGGGAAAGACAAGACACUUCCCAGCUUCUGGAUUCCCAACCUCACCCCCAGCGCUCUCCCUACCCAGGUCAAGAAGCCAGAGGAGAAGGUCCGGUGCCCGAUGAGCAAGAAGCCCUUGAGAUUGAAGGAUCUGAUUGAUGUGACAUUUACUCCAAUCAAGGAUGGGGAUAACAAGACUGCUCUCAUAUCCAAACAGGCUCGGUAUGUGUGUGCAGUCACAAAUGACGUUCUUGGAAACUCAGUUCCGUGUGCUGUGUUAAGAACAUCGGGGAGCGUGGUGACAAUGGAGUGUUUGGACAAGAUCAUCAAGAAGGACAUGGUGGAUCCAACCAAUAGCAAGAAGCUGACGGAGAAGGAUAUCAUCCCUCUACAGAGGGGAUCGUCUGGUUUUUCGGGGCUGGCAUCAACUUGAAGGCGAAGAGAGAUGGUGCUGCUCUCCAGGCCUGAUGUGGAAUCUCUUCUGUGUAGCAUUUCAUGUUGAAUGUCUUUUAUUUUGUAAAUAUUGUACAUGUUGGUAUCAAAUAUGUGUAUUGUAUGUCUACAGUGUUCUGAAUAAACAAUGGAUAUUGUG